GAAGACACGAGACCUUCCAACAGACUAGCUCAUUAUCUCUGCACGACGCCACUCCCCUCCAAUACCACCACUCUCUGGCAUUGCAUUGCAUUGUGGAGUUGCCAUAUAUACAAACAGACGUGACCGUGUAGACCAAGCUUUUACUGCCAGGUUUACCAUCAAGCUGAUAGACUUGCUUGAUACUCCGUCGUCAGAGUUAUUCUCCGUUCCGGAUGAUGCAGAGCUCUGAAGAUAUUGAACGCAAGCCCCGGUUUGCUUUGGAUCCGUCUACGCGCCGGUCAUCCGCUCCUCGGGCCACAAGCCAGCCCGCUCGAAACGAUAUACCGAUAUCUGCAUCACCCGUCCAAACGCCGUUUGAAACAGCUCCUCCCAACAUUGGUGGAAGCAUCAGCAGCAAUGGUGUCUGGGGCUCUCCUCUUCGAGCUGGAGUCCAUGAGCCCACGUGGGUUCCGCGAGCUAUCCCAAUCCGUAGCGCUUCUUUUUCAGUAUCCGAGGCCCAUCCUCAUCACGACACACGGGGGCGAAUGAGCUUUCCUUCGACAUUCGAAGAUGAAGAAGAAGAGGAAGCCGGAGUCGGGGGCGGGCACACACCUGAUCACAACUCGACACCGAGUGGCACAUUUAGCCAUAGUCGUUCCCAGUCGAUGGCGAAUGAUGCCCUGCGUGGACACGCAUUGGCGUUACCUUUGCCCGGCUCAACUGGGUUGGCGAGGAAUUGGGGCGAACGCGAUUUCGAUACCCUCGGUGCUUUUGACUUCAAUGGCCAAUCCGGCUUGCGCCGUCCUUCCUUGUCACCUAUCCGCCGAUCCCACGUGUCCCAGGAUAUUGACUUGUCAAACAUGAGCCCCUUCGUUCGUGAUGUCAGUCAGAUCUUCAAUGACGAACCUGCCCCUAUGAGGGAACCUUGGAUCACUUUAGGUGGUGCUGGGAACUGGCGAGAAGAUAACGGCGGAGGAAGUGGAACGACAAGCCGACGGCAUAGUGUCAGUAUCGUGCAGCCACGAAGGGCGAUAUCUGGCUUUGUGAUUCCAGGAGAAUCAGAUAGGACCGCGAUGGAAGACGCGUUCCACGAGAGGGAGAAUAACGGAUUUGCGCUCGGCACCUUCGGUACUGGUGCACUACGAAUUUCCGAUGAGGAUCUAAUCAGCGGACUCAGCUCCUUGAACGUUCACAAACCGCCUACGGUUGUUUCACGAGGCACCGCAUCAUCCCAACCGUCGUCUUUACCUACAUAUCCUCCAGUCGGCGCGUAUGGGCAAUCCCCCAAUCUCACAUAUUCGGGCGAAGCUGCGCGUGGCAGCUUUUCGACAUCGAUUGCCCAGCCUCAGUCAAGGUCACCCACUCGUGGAUACAUUGGAAGAACAGCAUCUUUUAGCUCGUCUACAAAAGAUGCCUUCGGCCCGAAUGGGUUCUCUCAAACUUCGUUCCAAACUCGGGAUCCAAAUCUAGCAUAUCUUGUGCGAGAGGACACGAUUGGUCACACAAUGCCCCGUUCACAAGCGGGCAUGCCCGUUCGAUCAUUUCCUACAAAUCAACACGAAUCUUCGUCCGAUGUGUUCAUCCCCUCGUCUUCGAUGGACUACUCCCUAUCGCCCGUGUCCGCCAUGUAUCAGCCUGGACCGGCUGCGUCGACUUCCGGCUUACCUAGACUACAAACUGGUGCUAUGCCGACGAACAUACGUCCUCCACUCUCACCAAGCACGUUCACCUUCUCCAGGCCAGGACACCAGGCUCACUAUGGUCAGGGAUCGAUGCAUUCGCAUCGAAACCAAACUGAUGCCACAUCACCAACGCUUUCCGACCUUGGCAAAGGCGUGCCACUUUAUUCAGUGCCUGAAUCAGAUCACCUGUAUAUUGUCGAAUUCAAAGCUGGUCGAACAGACAUAUUCUAUUGCCCAGAUCCAUCCCUCAAUGUUCGCACUGGAGAUCUGGUCAUUGUGGAAGCUGACCGCGGCAAAGACCUGGGCAAAGUUGUGAAUGACACUAUCACACUGGCAGACGUCGAGUUUUUCUUGAAACAGGCGGCGGACCCUGCGCAAUCGACUCAGACUGCCCCGGCAGGUACCCAGGACGCGUAUCUAUUUGCCGCACUCUCUGGUCCUCUCAGCAACUCGUCCUCUGGUCCUCCUCUCAGUCCCACUGUUCCUGGUGCACCAAAACCAGUCAAAGAGAUCAUGCCAAAACGGAUAUACUCGAAGGCCCAACCUCAGGAAACCCAGCUUCUCGUGUCUAAGAUGCAUGAUGAGACAAAGGCCUUGCAGCUGUGCCAAAAUAAAGUGAGACAGAAGCGUUUGCCCAUGCAGGUUGUUGAUGCCGAAUUCCAAUGGGACCGUCGCAAGUUGACAUUUUACUUCACCGCUGACAAACGAAUAGAUUUUCGUGAGCUUGUUCGCGAGCUUUUCAGACUGUAUAAGACCCGAAUCUGGAUGGCUUGCCUGGGGGAAAAUGUCGGGGAAUAUAGCUCUUGACCGAUUUCGUGACACUGUACUUCUAGUUUGCAAGACGGUCAACCCCACUCUGGACUUGUCUCGCGGUCUGAUUAGAACGUUCAUAUGACAUACUAGGUAUCAAGCACGGUAGCUUCGCUGGUGGAGCUGAUUUUUCAGAGGGUAGUACAAGAUUGAAUAA